GGAACGCGCGACGUCUAAACGUGCGAGCUUCUCCCGCACCAGAACGACACUGCUUUCCGGCAUUACGGUACUGUAAUAGGCUAUGGAGAGUCUGAAUGACAGGCGGUCUCAAGUGCAGGCAGCUUUAUGCAUGGGAUUUGUCUUUCUCUGUUUUGGAAUUCCUAUUUGGUGGAAGACAACAGAAGUCUAUCGAGCAGACAUUCCUUACUCGGAAAUAAGUGAUCUGGUAACAAACUCAAAAAUCUCCACCAAAAUCAUUGUAACAAUCGCAUCUAUUUCCGAGCAGCUAAACGAAGACAUCAAGAAUAACUUUGUAGGGUCGUUGGAUCUCGAAUUUGUUCAAAUUAAUUAUGAAUUUGACACAGUUGUGCUCACACAAAAAGAUAUUCUAAAUAUUAAACACCAAAAUAAUGCAAUUGAAAUAAGUUCAAUAUAUAAAAACGACAUAACCCUGGUAUUCGAAAUUUCAAGUGAUGUUGAAAAUGCCAAGGUAACAUUUCAAGGGAACCGAAUACUUCUCAUUGAAUAUAAAAGCCUGGAAAUACGUAGUAAUUCAAAAGGAUUGAUGAAAAUAAUUAAUGAAAACAUUGUAAAUGCUGAAGCUCUCAAUGAUGCAGUGGGAAAAGCAUAUGGUGCAAACAUGCAAUUUUCAAAGGACAGAGAGUUUCACAUGAGGAAGACUGUACAACCAGACAAAGGAUAUGACAUUGUUUUUUCAUUGUUAUGUCCAGAACCAGAUAAACUGCAAGCAACUUGGAAUAUGGAAGAAGCAGUUGACAUGUAUCUUAAACCUAUGAUUAAGAAGUUGGGAAACUUUGCAGAAUUUCACAUUGGUUCUCAAAUUCUCUACUAUUCUGGAUUGUCUGUGAAGCCAAAGUCCAAAACUCUUGAUAAUAUCAAGCAAUUUUAUCUAACGCAUGAACAGCUAUCUCAUGUUGUGAAUCCAAUCGAAUCAAGGCUUGGUGCUCAAAUAUCUCCAAACCCAACUUUGAAUUUUGUUGUUUACAUGUCAGAAGAUAACUACAAUCCUCUUUAUAUUCAACAUGCUGACGAGAGUUAUUCAACUACCAACACAUUUCUUGUUCCGAGAUGGGGCUCCAUCAUGAUCAAAAAUGCACCAAAAAGCAACGAUACUAUCUUUCCUCAUGUUGUUGAACUAGACAGUGUUGAAAUCAUGCAAGUGUUCGUGGCACAACUAAGAUCUUUACUUGGUCUUGAGAUGACUAAAACGCCCAAUGAUGACUUUGAAAUAACUGUUGCAGACAGGGGAAUUGCUGGCAUAAGUGAUUUGGAAUUGAGUUAUUUGGUGCGAAAAAGAACUUUUGAAAAUAUUGCUACGUCGGUACAUGCUAUUCAUACACUCUCAGAACUCCUAGGGAAAAUUCACAACAUUGUUAUCAAUGAUGAAAUAGCAGGUCAUAUUUACACUGCUGUUGAUGCAAUAAAGAAAGCAAAAGCUUCACUAGAUGAAUCAGAUGAUCAAAGGGCGUUAAAUAUAUCCAAUAUUGCCUUCAAAGCAUCAGAAACAGCAUUUUUUGAUCCAACAUUGCUUGAGCUGCUGUAUUUUCCAGAAGAUCAAAAAUUUGCAAUUUAUAUUCCUUUAUUCCUACCCAUCAGUCUGCCAUUGCUAGGCUCAUUCAUUGCUGCUAUCAAAUGGUUGAGAAUGAAAAAAGGUGAUGAGGAAAAGCAAAAAACAGAGUGACAUCACUUUUGUGCUGAAGCGUGGCAUAAAAAUUUGAAGUUAUGGAGGUGGCCUUGACUAAAACUUAUGUAAACCCCUGCGAAAUGUAGUAGUAGUUUCUUUAUGAUGUCAUAUGGAAAAGUAAUGAGCAUGAUGUAUUAACAAUUUCUAUAUUGUUAUUGGCAAAAUUACAAAAUAUAGAAACUAUAUAAGUAGCGGUGAUCGGAGAUGUAUAUUAUUUAUAACUGUUUGAAAUGGCAUAUUAAUUUGAAUCAGGUACUUUUAAUGUGUUGUCUUUUGAAGCCACAAUUCUCACAAAGCAUUGUUUUAUAUUCAAAUGAAAUGGUGUGUGAAAUACUGGUUUAUCGAUCAACAUUAUUUUUUCUACUCCUUAUGCAAUGAAUUGAACUGAGAUAAAUAAAUACACUGUAUGACACACAUCG